AUGUCCGUGACCGCUGGUGUGAAUGAUGAGGACCGCCUUAUGGAGAAUUUCGUACUUGAUGCUUUACUCCCAAAUGCAGAGAUUCCAUCUGCAUUGGGCGCAACGUUCUCGGACUCCUGGCCAGGCACUUCAAUUCCUAUCGAUCACACUGAGUUGGUAUCUGACCCGCUUUCCUGGCAUGGGUCCCUUGAGGUGUCACAGAGAAAGAGAGAUCGACUUUUGGCGGAGGCAAAGGGGGUGCCAGAGCUGGUGGGGGCGUGGAAUUUCUCGAAUUUCCCCUCCUGCUUGAGGCUGGAAAGGUUCCUUGGCGGGUGCUUUGACUGCUUGCUUGACUAUCUUCCCUUUACCCACGCUCCGACAUGGCAGGCUGAAAAUGCGCCGCCUUGUUUACUAUUGAGCAUGGCCGCUCUGGGUGCAGAGUAUUAUCAGGAGCACCGCGUUGCUCAUAUUGCAGGAAAGUCUCCGGGAGUCUCAGAGCACCCUACAUGGGUUACUCAAUCGAUCCUGAUCAUCACAACAUACGGUAUGAGAAGUGGGGAAUUUGGAAAAUUUCAAGAGGCAUUAUCAUGGGCAUCGCUUUUGGCUAAUAUCGUCCGCGGCAACCGAGGUGCAAGAAACCCCGGCAGGGACGGCGAGGAGGUACGCAAGAUUUGGGCCAGGUGGAUUGAGCAUGAAAUAAUAUUACGGACCAAAUGGGCUGCAUAUACGUCAUUGGGUCUUUUGACUAUAUGCUUCAACAUUCCGCCACUACUCCUAGCCAACGAAAUGAGAGAUCUUCCCCUUCCGUCUGAUGAAGCGGACUGGACCAGCAGGACUCCCGAGAUAUGGGCCAAGGUUCGGACUGGCCAGUGCCGAGACGAACCCCGCUUCAAGGAAGCAUUGGAGAGCCUUCUCCCUCACUCAGUUCGACCAUGUGGAACUGUUAGCGGCUUUGGAUCUUAUGUAUUGCUCCAUUCAAUUCAGCAAAACCUUUGGACCCUGCGACAAAAUAUUUGGUUGGAGGCUGAACAUUUCGCGUCCUGCUUGAAGACUGUCAGUCAAGCUCUUGGAAAAUGGGAGGCCGCCUGGGAGGGCAACCUGGAAUCCUCACUGCCCUCAUGCAGACCGCACAACGCUACAACUACAAUCUCAGCAGCAUUGCUUUCCUUGGCGUACAUGUGGUGUGGUGCUGGUUUCUCGCCAGUCCGAGCUGCCAUCCUCUCUCAUAACGCAGGAAGGAUAUCUCAAAGCAUGGAGCAUCUACAUAUCCCUAUUGAACGGGUCGAGGCGGCGUCCAAUAUUGCCGCUCAUGCACUACGAUCUCUCAAGUCACGCGUUAAAUUGGGUAUGGCACUAGAAGUACCCCAGGUUGGCUGUUGCCAAAGUUUGGAAGCCUUCAUAUUCUCAGUUGAGUGCUGCCUGUUUUCGUGUGUGUGGUUGAAGAAGACUCAGGUCGCCACGAGCUUGACUGGUCCCUCCAUGAGCGACAGACAUUCAAAUUGGCCCAAGAGGUUCUGCUAG